AUGGCGCCACCGCCCGAGAUUGCGAUACCGUCGACGAGCGUCUCUGACGAAGGCUCAUCGAAGCCCUACACGCUAUACAACAUCAGUCUUCGCCUACCGCUGCGUUCCUUCAUCGUCCAGAAGCGAUAUUCCGAAUUCGACGCCCUCCACAGCGCCUUGGUCAGCCAAGUUGGCGCUCCACCGCCGUUGCCCCUGCCCGGCAAGCAUUGGCUCAGGUCGACCAUCAACUCGCCCGAGCUCACGCGAGAGCGACAGCUUGGCCUCGAAAAGUACCUGCGAGUGAUUGCGGAAUCGCCGGAUCGAAGAUGGCGAGACACCUCAGCCUGGAGAACGUUCUUGAAUCUGCCGAGUUCUAGCACGAGCAACUCUACAGUGUCGGCGGCAGGGAAGUGA